GGUAGGUAAAUAUUCCCGACGUGCACUGAGGUGCGGGGAGUGUCCUGGGCUUCCAGCAUUCCCAGUUUGUUAAGCAAAACAGCAAUUAACAGCCCGGAGGGUCCCGAGCGGCAGCGGAGACGGCUGUCCGCGCUGGCCAUGCUGCCAUGCCCCUUUCGGGGCUCGGGGAAAGGCAUGUGAGACUCCUGCUGGGCUUCUCCGGCUCGGAUCGCCCGGCCAGAGAGCAGCUCCGUUCUCUUCUGAAGAAUUACAACUCCUACUAUUCAGAUCAAGAGAAUCUGCAACUGACAUAUAAUCAGCCAGAAGGAAGCACCCCCUUCAUUGAAGGAAUCCUCUCGAUAUUCUGGGGCGUGCGGCAUCCUAUCCGGUUAAAGAUUCAGGAUGAGAAGCAGAUACCCUCUUUUGUAACCCUGAAGUCUACAGAGAAUGUGGGCUUCUUCCCUAGUAAAAGGGGAAUGACUCGCUGGGGGGAGUUUGAUGACCUCCAUCACAUCAGCGGGGACACACUGAACUCGACUGAGGAGCAGCCAGACCUCGAGCCAAGUUAUCCGUGCUAUGAAAGUCACACACUCAGGACCAGGAGGGAGCAGGAGCUCGACUGUGCCACCCUGCCCCGGAGCAGCAGCGACGCCACGGCCGUGCGCAGGAGGAACAAGCUGCCCACCAUCACCAGGACAGAAGUGGAAACUCACAGGUUCUCUAUCAAUGGCCACUUCUACAACCACGAGACAUCAGUUUUCACUCCAGCUUUUGGGUCGGAAACCAAAAUAAGAAUCAACAGCCAGAUGAGGACCAGACAAGUGAUAGAACAGUUGCUCCGGAAGUUCAAGAUAGAAAACAGCCCCCAUGAAUUUGCACUUUACGUUAUCCAUGCAUCUGGAGAAAAGAAGCAGCUGAGGAGUAGAGAUGUUCCCUUGCUGCACAGGCUGCUGCAGGGGCCCUCUGAGAAGGCUGCCAAGUUCUUUCUCAUGGAUGGGGAUGUGGAAGAGAUCAGCAGUGAUGUGGCUCAGUACAUUUCAUUCCAUCUUCCCUUUUUGGAAUCCAUUCUGCACAGAAUAAAUGAAGAGGAGGAGCAGGAGAUUCGACAGACAACUGCAAGGACAGGAAAAAUCAUCAGACUCCUGCCAUCUUUGCCAAAAGGUUCAGUGUUUAAGCAGCCAAAGGCAAGAGGCUUCAGCACCAGGGGUCUGUGCUGCAGGACUCUGGUCCUGCCCACGCUGUGGGUGAGCCAGGGCUGGCACAAGGACUCGUGCAGGUACUGGUCAGGCACCAGAGCUGCUGCCCUUUGGAGCCAUUUUAAAGGCUGUCCUUGCUGGAGCACCCUGGUCCCUGCCAUGCCCAACCCCCGAGACACGGAGAGAGCCCUGUCCAAAGUGACCUUUGCCACCUUGUCAGGAAGGUGGCAGCAGCCCUGGGAGCGGGUCCGAGCAGCCAGCAGGGAAGGGAGAAGAGGAUGCCUGUGGGAUGAGGCUGGAGAGAGCGAGCAGAGGAGUGGCCUCGGGCUGGAGAAAGGCAAAGGGACCUCCCUGUGGGCAAGGGGACCACUGUGGUGUCAGCAGAGCACCUGUGAGGAACAGAACGGAGACUUGGAGGCCACAUGGAGGAAAAGGAUGAACAUCUCUGUCUUCAGCACACCUCCAGUGGGACUCACCUGCCAAAGCUUUCCAUCACUCCUGCACUUCCAGCUGGCUCCCUGAAAAAUGCCACACUUCAUCCUGCUCAAACCUCAUAUUUGCAGGUAUCUCCGAGGGCUACUGCCUGGGAUUUAGUAUCUGUGAGGGAAGAUUGCCUUGGCUUUAGCUGCCAGCAGCCAGCCCCGACCACACGGCCGGGCAGCGUCCGGCUCCCCGUAACAGCCCAGUCACCGCCGCGGGGACCGUGCCUUUGUCUCCCGUGGCGCUGCCAAACCGAGCUCCCGUUAGGGCCCCGCCGCCCUCCCAGAAAAGGCCAGGCCCCCGCCGAGGCGCCCCCUGCGGGACUCACCCGGUACUGCGGGAAGCGCCCCCCGAGCGCACCGUGCCGCACCGAGCCGCUGCUGCGGCCCCCCGGCGGCGCUUCCCGAGCUCCAGCGGGGCCGGCUCGCUCUGGCGCUCGCUGCUCGGCUCACACGCCGGGCACAGCCGGGCCCGAGCCCCGCUGCCGCGGCUCCUUCCUGCUCACUGCCCGCUCCCGGAACGGGACCCGUGUCACCCACAGUGGCGGCCAGGUCUGGUCCCUGAUCAUUCCCGGUGAGAAGCGAUCCCAGCUCUUCCCUGCUCAGCCGAACUGAGCCGAAGCGAAUGGAGCCCGGCCGAACGCAGCCUCCUGCUCUCGUGCCCAUUAAUGAGCGCGUGUGAUGGACUUUUCCACCAAGGCAUUUUCCCUGCUGAUUUCCCUGCCUCUGUUUCCCUGUCUGAAGGCAUAACGAUUAUAAUUCACAGAAGGAAGGAGCUGUGUGUGUGGCUGCGACGGUGCAGGUUAUUAGUGAUAUCUGUGACUGACCUGACAGCACAACCUGACACACAAGCAUUGUUUUGUCUCUAGACACUUGCCACUUCUGGCCUUUUCUUACUGCUCACACUUUUCAUCUCCUAGCCCUUAAAAAGGAGUCUGCUUCCUCUCUAGUUACACAGGUGCUAAAAUGAGGUAAAGCAGGUGAGCAGUACCUUACUACUAAUUGAGACUGUUCACAGAGGUUCAUGUGAUCCCAUUGAUCCAUUUUCUCUUACAACCUAUACAUCAGAAGACUUUCUGAGAGUCCCGGGAAAAGUAACCUGCUGACAAAGCAAAGUGUGGCUGAGGUUUUCCAGGCUGCUGCUGAACCACAUUCCCCUGUGUGGGAUCCUGACAGCCAAAAACAGGCUGGGAAUGAUGCUGCAGGAUGUAGCCAUCUGGUCACUGGACAAGCUGCUUCUAAAGUAGAAGAGCACGUGCUACUGCAGGAUCAUGAGUGUGCCUCAUCUACUUCUAGAAACCACCUGAAAGGACAGAAGCAGGCUGCACACACGAAAUGGAAGUGUCUGUGUUCAGGCAGCUUCCCAGGAGCCUGGUUCCUCCCUGCAGCUGCUCGCCCAGGGGCAGCACAAGCUGCAGCCCCUCUUCAGGGACAGGGACACAGGGACAACAGCCCGUGUGUGGCAGCGCCUGAGCUUCAGAGUGCUGAAUCUGCAGAAAGCUGCUUUUCUUUCACCUCUCUACAGCUGCAUGGAGGUUCACAGCAAAAUGUUUUUAAGAUAGCAUUGAAGCAUUUCCUCUUCAGCAGGAACUUCCUGUUUUGCCUACGUGGUUUGUCUCCAUGCUUCUCACUGCCCCUUCCUUUCCCUUCCCUGUCUGGAAUGGAUCUUGCUUUUUGCACCUCUGGUGCCCAUGUGCUCAGUGCAUGAAGGGAAAUGCAACUUCCUCUGUGUCAUCCCCAAAAAACUCUCUCUCAAACACUGAAUUCUCUGCAUGGUUAAAUAUCAAGGUGGUUUCAAAGGAUGAAAAUAAAAAUUUUCUGUAGCUUCCAGCAGAUUUUAA